UAUUAAGUAACUACGAACACGUCUCGCUUUCGGAAAUUGCUGUCAACUUUUUUCUUUGUUUUAUUCACUCGGAUUAUUUUUUUACAAAUAAAUCCUAAAGAAUAUAAUAAUUACAAGAAGCUGUUAAAUAUAUUUAUAUUUCCAAUAAUAACUUAAGAUAGUUUAUCUAAAGUCGACACGAAACAAUUGCAGAACAGAGUGAUUGUGAAAUUAAAGUAAUAAAAAAAAGUUAAUAAUGGGUUUAACUAUUUCUAGUUUAUUAACACGGCUUUUUGGCAAAAAACAAAUGCGUAUUUUAAUGGUGGGCUUAGAUGCUGCUGGCAAAACUACCAUUCUAUAUAAGUUAAAGUUGGGUGAAGUUGUAACGACCAUUCCUACCAUUGGUUUUAACGUUGAGAGUGUGGAAUACAAAAACAUUUGCUUUACAGUAUGGGAUGUCGGCGGUCAAGAUAAAAUUCGUCCUUUGUGGAGACACUACUUCCAAAACACCCAAGGUCUUAUAUUCGUUGUUGACUCCAACGAUAGGGACCGUAUUACUGAAGCUGAAAAGGAGUUGCAAAAUAUGCUGCAGGAGGAUGAACUAAGGGAUGCUGUAUUAUUAGUAUUUGCAAACAAACAAGAUCUACCAAAUGCAAUGAAUGCUGCAGAACUAACUGAUAAACUACGUCUAAAUCAAUUAAGAAAUCGUCACUGGUAUAUACAAGCAACCUGUGCAACACAAGGAAACGGUUUGUACGAAGGCUUAGAUUGGUUAUCUGCAGAACUUGCUAAAAAAUAAUAAAUCCAAAAUUAGAUUAUAUUAAACAAACAAAAAAACAAAAAAAAAGAUAAAUAAAAACUAUAUUUUUAUCGUA